AAUACCGCAAAAACGUCAACUGUUACAGAGCCAACAUAUUAUGUCAACGACAAAUAUUACGUUAAAGGAGGUCCUGUUUUCUUGAUUCUUGGCGGAGAAAGUUUCGGGCUAGAAAGCUGGUCAGUUGCUGAAAAUCAUUCCUACGUGCAGUGGGCGAAGUCACAAAAUGCUUCAAUCAUAGCUUUGGAGCACCGUUUUUAUGGUCAAAGCCGACCUUUCCAUAUCACAGAACAAACAAACGAAAAUCUGGUAUACUUGAGUAGUCGGCAAGCUGUUGAGGAUGCAGCGUCCUUAAUUACUUCUUUGAAUCGCGAGGUUUAUUCCGGAACUACAAAAUGGGUCGCAUUUGGAGCCUCGUAUGGAGGAACACUGGCGUUGUGGCUGUAUCAGAAGCACCCUGAACUUGUUUCUGGCGCAAUUUUUAGCUCAUCUUUUAGUAGCGUGAAAGCCGAUUUUCACGCCUAUCUAUAUGACCUCGGAAUUUGCCUUUUCGUCGAUGCAUAUCGUCAUGACCAUGGUGACAACUGCACAACAGUGCUAAUUGACAGUUUUAAAACUAUGUCGAAUUUAAUGUACACUACUGAAGGACGUAAAACCUUGAGCGAUUUAUUCGGUACUUCUCCACGUUUAGAUCGUGAAAAUGUUCCGUUAAAAUACAGUGAAAUACAAUUAUUUUUCGCUACAAUCCUAGCCAGUUUUCAAGCAGCGGUGCAGUACAAGGACGUUAAUGUGGAACCAUACUCAAGUAAAAUGAUGAAACCGUUGGACGUUUGUAAAUUAAUCACGACUGCUGGCGAAGAUUCCGUUAAAACUAUCGCGCAGUUUCAUAAAAGUAUUACGCAACUUUAUACUGGAAAAGGCUAUAGUGAGCUUAAUGUCGAUUACAGUGGAUUUGUUGGGUAUUUAAACGGUACUACCUAUAACGACUUAGAAGCUGGGAAGAUAAGAGUCAAGCGUUUUCUAGUACAAAAAUUUAGAUGUCAAAGAGAGAAUCUGUUCAUGCUCAGUAAAAAGUUUUCGUUGAUUAUGUUUCAUGCUCUUGAAUGCAUUGUCAGUUUUUAUGACUUAGAUAGGCUUCCUCCUCCAAAAGUUACAAAAUACUGUGAAUGUUUGCAAACGAACCAAAUUAUAGUAAACAGAAGAGCUGCCGCUCGUAGCUGGCUGUGGCAGCAAUGUUCUGAGUUCGGUCUAUUUACGACAACAGACGAUGGUGAUACACCGUUUGUCAGUGUUCUCCCAAGCAACUUUUACAUCAAUUUGUGCAUUGACGUUUUCGGAUCUAAGUUCGACGUCCUUGGCAUAAAAAAAACUGUUAAUGAAACAAAUCAAUAUUACGGAGAUAUUUCUAGCCAGAAAACAGCACAAAUAUAUGGUUAUGGUGGAACGACGUACGAUCUCUGGGAAAGUUGUGAACCUCUUACUACUUUAAAAAUGCACUUAUGCGCAGAAACGGGACAUGUCGCCGAUCUUUAUCCUUCAUGGGAAAACGAAACUGCUUGUUUGGAUGAGGUGAGGGGCAGAAUCGAUCAAAGUAUUACCGCAAUGGUUCAGGGGAAGCCAGUUCCGACUCCUUUCUAUGUCGCUCGUGAUGCUUCUACAAUACGCAAACCAAAAACGCUUAAGCAUGCAAUUCACAAACGUUCUCAGUCUUUAACUAAGGAGUCUAUAUCAAAUACGGACCAGAGACAAACUAGUGCACCUUUCUUCCUCAUGGGACGACCAACAAGAACUGGCUUUAAUUCUCCGCCAAAGAUUGUUCAACAAAAAGCUGAUUCACCAGAUAUCAUUCGCGGAAACUUCAGUCAGAAACAAACUCAUUUCAACCUUAAUAAUGAGGAGUACUUCAAUCAAAGUUACUGGUAUAAUCAAAAGUACUAUAAACCUGGUGGUCUAAUAUUUCUUUUUAUUGCUGGUGAGUCUCCUGCAAGCGAAAGGUGGCUUACCGACGAGGUUCAAAUUAUGAGAUCGGCGAGAAAGUUCAACGCUUCACUUUAUAUGCUUGAACAUCGCUACUACGGCUCAAGUUGGCCAACAGAAGACUUAGAUACUCUGUAUUUAAAGUAUUACUUGAAUGCAGAAGAAGCACUUGGCGAUAUUGCAUAUUUUAUUGAAACCAUGAACAAAGAACAUAAUUAUAAAAAUCCGAAAUGGGUUACAUUUGGUGGUUCGUAUGCCGGUGAGGAAAAUAUAUUUACAUGCUAUUCUUCUGUUGACUGUUUUGAGCAGUAAUC